AUGCCUCUACCUGCAGAAUCUGUGGUGCUUAAGUGCCUGAAUUCUCACUCCUUCAUUAGCAAGUCCUUUGGCAAGGUAAGUCAAAAGAAAAAGUCCCAGGCGCAGCUUGCUGACACUGGCCGUGGGACAUCAGAUCAUCGCCUCCGUUCAGCCUUGCACCGGUGCGGCGGGGUGCUCAUCCACCCGUCCUGGGUCCUGACGGCGGCGCACUGCGUGGAAGGACCUUUUUACGGGGACGUGCGAAACUGGCGAGUGGUGCUGUCCGAGGACAACCUGGAGGUGGAGUCUGGCCGCGAGAUUUACCGGCGAAUCGCCAGGAUUAUAAGCCAUCCCGGGUACAUCCGCACCAGCAACUUCCCAAACGACGUAGCCUUGCUGCAGCUGGACGAGGGCGCGGACCUUACGACCGGGGAGAUCCGGGUGGCUUGUCUACCUGAAGAAGACGACCUGCCGCCGGACUUCAGCGAAUGUUGGAUCAGUGGCUGGGGAGAAACCAGGGGAUACGGGGGACAUGAGAAUGCGAUGAACGAACUGCCGGUGCAGAUCCUGGAGAACACCGACUGCUCCUCCAUGUGGCUCCGUGUGGGCAUCCACGUGCUGGACGACCAGCUGUGUGUGGGCUACGGCGACACUGGGGCGUGCUACGGGGAUUCAGGUGGCCCACUGAUGUGCGAGAUGAAUGGACGGUUUUACAUCACGGGGGUGAUGAGCUGGCUGAUCAACAACUGCUCGGCGCGAGGCUUUCCCAACGUCUUCACGAGGGUGACGAGUUAUCUGGACUGGAUCUACGAGAAGCUGGACUUCUACGAGUGGUGGCGCUACAACUGACGACACUGGCGAUGUAGUCGUCUUUCUUGGUGUGGAUGUGAGUGAGAGAGUGAGUGAAGGAAACAGGCGAGUCUGAUCACUGUCAUUGGUAUUGCAUGAAUGAAUGAAUUUGCUCGGUUGACAAGGAGACAAGGUUCAUAAUCAUACAACAGGUAGUAGCCGUUCAUCAUCACCCGAAACAUAGUGAGUGUUGAGGUUCAUCAUUAUUCAAAACCACUGGUCGUAAUAUCACAUAGACGACAUGUACAAUCACUCCAUGCUGCUGCUCUUGUGAAAAUUCAAUGUUAUACAGUGGUAUUGUAAACGAAUAUUAUGUAUAUAUAUUUAUAGUAAAUAAAAUAUAAAAAUAAGAGCAUAUUUAACAACCAGGUUGAAUGUAUGAUCAUAUGAGGUUCUAAAGAUUGUACGAAACAUGAAUUAACUCUUCGAACUCAAUAUCUCAUUCACUAUUUUUUUCUGUAAUAAACAAGACCCCAGCUAUAGAUUCUGCUGUUUCCUUACCCAAAAAAAUCGAAAUAAAAAAAAAUAUAAAAAGAUUGCAUUCUGAAAUACUGACCAUAUGAUUUUCUUCAUUUUUUUUUUUAAUUAGAGCUCCACCAUCAAUGAUUCUGCUUUCUUAGGGGAUGAAAAUGAGAGAAAACUAUUGAUGGUUAGCUGAUUUUGUGAAUGUUUACCUAUAUAUAUACAUGAGAUAUUUAAAUCGUUAUGACAACCAGGCUUUUGUCAGUCUGUACUUCUUUUGUCUGGUUGCUAAAGCUCUGGCAGGAGGAGAGUGCUCAAAGAUCAGUUUUUAACAUUUAAUAAUAAAUACUAUCAUAUCCUAUCUGCCAAAGCCUCAUAGUACAGAUUUAUAUAUCACGACAUAAAAUAAAAUAUCUUCUAAAAAUGAAAUUGAUAAUUCAAUAGAUUAUAAAACAUUCUCUUUUCAUUUAUAUUUUUAAAAGAAAUAUGAAGUUUACAUAGCUUCUCGAGGCUCAGGUAAAGGGAGACAAUCUUUGUUUUGCAUUGAGUGUGAUUACGUACCUUGAGAAAGAAGGGAAAUUUUGCGACGAAAAAUCAAAAUUAUUACUGUAUUUGAAUGAACACCCGCUGGUGCAAAUAAAUACUAAGGACAUCCACACCGUUUA